GUUAUUACCGCGUUCCCCGUGAAUACAGUGAAUGAACGGAGCUACAAAUGCAGAGUCAUACCGCGACCAGCCACAGCAGAGCACGCGACCGGCGCUCCGCGGGGCCGCACUGAGAUUAUUAACACCCCGGACUCACACACUCCACACACUCACACACUCCAGCUCUAUUCAUCCCUGUAGAUUUAACCAAACUCCUGGAUAUGGAGCCGCACGUCUACGCCAAGCUGCUGCUGGACCACGCCACCACUCUGAACCUGCACACGGGCAACCUGGUGAACCGCAGCCGCCUGAAGAAGAAGUGCCCGUCCUCUCAGAGUGAGGAGCUUCAAGACUGUAUCAGAGCAACACUUAGUGAAUGGUUUGCGACGAUAUCCCCAACAGCCAAACAAGAAUUGCCCAGUGUUCUGGAUUGCACAAUCCCUCAGAACACGGAGGCCAUCACGCCCGAGGAGAGAGAGGAACUGAAGGUUUCUGUAAAGCUGUUUCUCAGUGAGGCUGAUUGCUCCGCUAUCGGAAACGCAGUGGACAUGGCCUGUGUGUCGUUAGGCGUGUCUCAGCUGGACUCGGUGAUCAUCGCUCCUCCUCCACUGCCGGAAGGUGAGACUCUGGCUCUGGCUCACCUGCAGCCUCUGUGGGAGGAGCUGGAAGGACUCGUGAGAAGCCAGAAAGUUGCAGCGAUCGGCACCUCGGAUCUGGACAAGGCUCUGCUGGAGCAGCUCUACAACUGGGCACAGGUGAAGCCGAGCAGUAACCAGGUGAAUCUGGCCUCGUGCUGCGUGAUGCCUCCAGACCUCACAGCCUUCGCUAAAGAGUUUGACAUCCAGCUGCUCACACACAAUGAUUCCAAAGAGAUGAUCAGUGCGGAGGGGUUUAAGGAGGCGGUGCAGGAGAGCAGUAAGGACCUGCAGGUGGCAGACUGGAGGCUGGAGUGGGUCCUGCGCUACUCCAUCAUCGUGAAGAGCCGAGGCAUCAUCAAGGCUAAAGGGUACCUCGUUCAUUCAACAAAGAACUCCCAGUAGACCAAUAGGAAGCGCCGGUUCCACAGGACUGAUCUUCAGGGGUCAGCUAAACUUCAGAACAUCUGAUAUUUGGGGAAUUUACAGAAAAUAGACUUUAGAUUGCUACUAAAACAGACCCUUUUUCAGUGAGACACAUGUGUCUGUGUGUGUGUUUGAUUCAGAUUUCUGUUUAGCAGGAAAUUGGAAGUCACCUGACUCGACAUGCUGUGAAAUCUCUCUCCGAUCUUUAUAUCCGACUCCACUGUAGGCUGUAGAGGGAUGUUAAUGAUUUUACAUUUUACAGUUUAGAAAACUGAUCUCUAACUAACAGGCUUGAUGUACCACACCACCCACCAUGCUCAAAUCCAGACUCAAAGUCCCUCCUCUGGUCAGAUUUAGUUUUCGUUUUUUUGUCUGUAAUUUCUUGCUUAGCAUUUUCAGCACUAUAUAAAUACGAAUACAGAUAUUAAACAUUCAUUUUAACUUUUAAGGUUUUAAUCCCAUUAAGUUUGGUAACACUUUCUAUGUCAUCUCUAUAUAAGGCGCUAUGUUCACACAGCAGGUAUAUAUGGUCCAAAUCUGAUCUGAUUUUUUUUUUUUUUUUUUUUUUUCCCCAGACCAAAUCUGAUAUAUUACAUUUAGGCUGUUCACACACACCUUUUUAAUGUGACCCACAUUAAAAUCUGACCUCUGUCUGAACAGUGCUCGCUUUGUGAGUGGCAUGUGUGCACGACCGAGCUGUGCUUCAUGUUAAGUUUCACUUUAAACCCAGCCAGAAUCUCAAGUAAAAUAAAUAUACAGCUGAGCUCAUUAUCAAGAAUUUACUCCAGUAUCACGUCACAUUUUAUUUACCUUUAAAUUAAAUUAAAGAUUAAAUUCACACAUUAUUUUUAAUGUGAUUCACAUUAAAAUCUGACCUCUGUCUGAACAGUGCUCGCUUUGUGAGUGGCAUGCAUGCAUUUACAGAGCUGUGCUUCACGUUAAGUUUCACUUUAAACCCAGACAGAAUCUCAAGAGUAAUGGAUGAGUUCAGACAGCCACUGAGCUCAAUACCAAGAAUUCCAUAGAUUUGAUUUACCUUUAAUGCUGCAGCCACAGUCUGUAGCUGUGUUUGGCCGAUGUAUUAGGAACACAAAGUGGCUGCGACACAAGCCUUAUAUUAUUAUUGGAAGAAACGCAUCAGUCCAAAUAUUUACCUCAUUUUUUCGACGCUGAAGCUCUCACUGCUUUUUGUCCAUUUUCCCGUCUACUCAGGUUAACUUUCUGUUCUCCUAACAGUCUUUUAUCCUUCAGUUUGAUGUGAAGGUUAAUUAUGAUUCAAUUCAAACUCACCUUUUUAAUGUGAUGUUAAAGUCUAACAUAUGUCUGAACGGUGCUCGUUUUGUAAGUGGCAUGCAUGCAUGACAGAGCUGCGCUUCACGUUAAGUUUCACUUUAAACCAAGACAAAAGUUUAAGAGAUAUGAAUGAGUUCAGACAGCAGCUGAGCUGAUCACUGAGAAUUCACUCUAGCCUUGUUGAAAAGAACAUGUGGUUUUAUUUAGCUGUAGCUGUAUUUGGCCAAUUUAUUAGGAACAUUGUGUGGCUGCGAUACAAGCCUUCUAAUAUAUUAUUGGAAAAAACACAUCAGUCCAAAUAUUUAUCUUGUUUUUUCAACACUGAAGCCCUCACUCACUGCUUUUUGUCCAUUUUCCUGCCUACUUACGUUAACUUUCCGUUCUCCUAACUGUCUUGUGUCCUUCUGUUUGAUGUAAAAGUCACAUGAAUUUGCAUUGCAGCAAAUCAGAUAUGUAUCAGAUUUCAAUACCACACAUUGAAUUUCCCCAAAAAGGAAUUUUAAAUGUUCAGUGUGAAAAGAUCAGACUUGGGCCUUGGUGCUUCAUGUGUUACAGACGCAUUCAUAGCACAUCAUAAUACAUACAUAAUGCAUAACACAUCGUAGACAUGUUUAUUAUGUAUGCAGCAUGACUUAUGAUUCUAAUGCACUUGUGGAUUAUACUGAUUAAUUUUCUUAAAUAUUAUAAAAGCUUAUAGUGUUUUAUAAUAAAUUAUAACAUGUCUCUUUAAGCUCUAACUAAAAUAAAGAUAUUUCGUUCUGGGAAUAAAUUAUUAUUAUUAAUAUAUUUUAACAGCUUAUGAUUUAAUUAUAAUGCCAAUUUAUAAAACACAAAAAAUGCACAUGGCUAUAAAAAAUAUUUAUAGCCAUGUUGGUAAUGCCUUAUGAAUGCAUUAUGCAUGUUUUAUGAAUGAUAGCUGUGAUAUUUUAACCCAGACAUACAACAUAUAUAUAUA